AUGAGGCGCAUCGGCGUGUUGCACACUGCAUUGGAUUUGGCAGCUGCAGCGCUUUGGAUUGCGUGGGGGAUGGGGGAAGCUGAAUGGGGGGGGUAUUUAGUGGUGCGUUUGAGGAAGCGAUGCGCUGGUGUGGGUGGGCGGAAGGAGGCGAAGCGGUAUGUUGGGAGUUGGUUAGGAGGAUUUGAGUGGCCGAUAUUUGUUGGAGUGGAUGCCUUUGGAUACGGCAAGACGGGCAGUUAA